AUGGAUGGAAUAGAGAGAUUGGGCCAUGACCCACCAGGCGGGCCCAGUGCGGAUUGUAAUAUGCGGUUCACUGAUGACAUCAUACUUUUCUCUGACACAGCACCACAAUUACAAGGAAUGAUCAAUGAACUGAAUGAUGUGAGCAUUACGAUCGGUUUAGGACUAAAUGCUUCCAAGACUAAAGUCAUGACAAACAGUCAUACUAUACCAAUAAAGGUCAAUAGCAAUGCAUUAGAAUAUGUUCAAAGUUAUAUCUACCUCGGACAACAAGUAUCGUUCUCUAAGACAAGACACGAAGAUGAGGGUACAGUACCAUUGGUUACUCUGUCUACGAGUAGCUUUGCUUUAUACUCUGUAUCCAAGAAACAAGGAAAAAGAAUGCUCCGACAUGAUUGGAUGAAAAUUAUACGCUUUGAUGAUUGCGAUCAAAUUAACAGUGACUUGAGUGCUCAAAAAGUUUCACAACUAAUCGCGAUGAGUUCGAGCGUAUGCUACAAAUGCAACAGGACGGGGCACUUCGCCCGGGAGUGCACCCAGGGUGGUGUGGCCCCGCGCGACUCGGGCUUCAAUCGCCAGCGCGAGAAGUGCUUCAAGUGUAACCGCACAGGGCACUUCGCGAGGGACUGCAAGGAAGAGGCCGACCGUUGCUACAGAUGUAACGGCACGGGACACAUAGCGCGCGAGUGCGCGCAGAGCCCCGACGAGCCGUCGUGUUACAACUGCAACAAGACGGGGCACAUCGCGCGGAACUGCCCCGAGGGCGGGCGCGACAGCUCCGGCCAGACCUGCUACAACUGCAACAAGGCCGGCCACAUCUCGCGCAACUGCCCCGACGGCACCAAGACCUGCUACGUGUGCGGCAAGCCCGGACACAUCUCCCGCGAUUGCGACGAGUCCGAGCGGAACUAA